UAUUUAGCAGGAGCGGGGGGUGGGGCGGAGGGUGGAGAGAAAGGAACGGCUGCCGUCCCCUGCCUGCAACCGCAACUCAACCAGUCAGUCGCCAUUACUCUUGUUUCUCAUCACCCACCGCGAGCGCGAAGCAGGAGGAGCAGCACCAUGCUGGGGCAUCUAGUCGGGCUGGUGAAGGUGCGGGUGACGCGCGGGGUGAACCUCGCCAUCCGCGACCUCCGCUCCAGCGACCCCUACGUCGUCGUCCGCAUGGGCAAGCAGAAGCUGAAGACGCGAGUUGUAAGGAAGAGUAUCAAUCCGGAGUGGAACGAUGAACUGACCCUCUCCAUCGAAGAUCCUACCAUUCCUGUCAAACUGGACGUGUUCGACAAGGACACAUUCUUCGACGACCCGAUGGGCAACGCGGAGCUGGACAUCGGCCCGCUGGUGGAGGCCGCGAGGAUGAGGGUCCAGCUGCAGGGCGUCGCUGACAACACCGUGGUGAAGAAGCUGGUGCCCAACCGGCAGAACUGCCUCGCCGAGCAGAGCGCCAUCUACCUGUCCGAGGGCACGGUGAAGCAGGACGUGGUGCUCAGGCUGAGGAACGUCGAGUGCGGGGAGGUCGAGCUCCAGCUCCAGUGGAUCGACAUCCCCGGCUCCAAGGGCGUAUCAGGCUUUUAAUUAGCUCUCUGUGCACUCUCUGCUGUUUGCAGAGUUCUUUCUCAAGUGAAAAGCUGGAGUAAAUUCUGAUUAGAAUCCAAGCUUAAGUUAGGAUUUAGAUUAUGUGCGAUAGAUGACUGUGUGGUCGAACUUCCUAAGAUGGACUGAAAAAGGAAGAACUGGUGGCAGGGGCGCAAAAAUUCUCAGAAUUCCAUCCUCCUUCCUUUGA